UCAUAGAGUGGUUUAGGGAUCAAGCGAAGCUGAAGAGAAAAAAAGAGAGACUGUGUGGUUCUUCUUUCUUCAUUUUGCUCUCUCAAGAUCCAUACAUCAUAUUGGUGGUUUGUCGUAACGAAGCGGUGGCUUGCUGGUUAGGUUUGGUGAAUGAGACAGUGAGAGUAACUGAAGUGAAGAUCCAUCAAUCCCAGCCAUAGUUGAGAAGAAUUUGGUGUAUAUACACACACUAUCUUUAUUGUAUAUACAUAUAUAAAAAGAUGUAUGAGGAUUGCCAAGUUAUGUCUGGCAUGGGAGCAGGGAACGUGGUGUCUUCAGAAACCCUCUUUUCUUCAUCAAUCCAAAACCCUAAUUUCAACUUCAUCCCCGACAUGUCCUUCCAUCCUUUCCAACCCAUCAUCAAGGAAGAAAGUAGUGGGAUGUUGAUGAGAGGAGGGAGAGAGAUGGACAUGGAGAGUGGGUCUGGUAGUGAACAAGUUGAAGGUGAAAAAUCGGGAAAUGAACAAGAAAUCAGUGAACAACAACAACCUCCAAAGAAGAAACGCUACCAUCGUCACACUGCUCGCCAGAUCCAAGAAAUGGAAUCUUUGUUUAAGGAAUGUCCACACCCAGACGACAAGCAAAGGAUGAAACUAAGUCAAGAACUUGGUCUCAAACCACGCCAAGUCAAGUUUUGGUUCCAAAACAGGCGUACCCAGAUGAAGGCACAACAAGAUCGAACAGAGAAUGUGAUUCUUAGAGCGGAGAAUGAGUCAUUGAAGAAUGACAAUUGUCGUCUACAAGCAGAAAUGCGUAGUCUUACUUGUCCUAACUGUGGAGUGCAAGCUAUGCCAGGUGGGAUUCCCUUUGAAGAACUUCAUCUUGAAAAUACAAGACUUCGAGAUGAGUUAGAAAGAGUUUAUUGUCUUGCUUCACGGUACACCGGCCGGCCAAUGCAAGCAAUGGCACCAUCUCCUCCUCUCUUCAUACCACCAUCACUGGAUUUGGACAUGAACAUAUUUGCAAGGCAUUUUUCAGAGCCUAUACCAACCUGUACCGACAUGAUCAUGCCAGUGCCAAUGCUGCCGGGAACUUGUUCAUCCUUCCCAGAAGUCAGUUUUCUAUUGAUGGAAGAAGAAAAGGGUUUAGCAAUGGAGCUUGCAAUGUCAUCAAUGAAUGAACUUGUGAAGAUGUGUCAAGGAACUGAACCUCUUUGGAUAAUUAGAAGUGACGAGAGUGGGAAGGAAGUACUUAAUGUUGAAGAGCAUGGAAGGUUGUUUCCAUGGCCAUUGAAUAAUAUAAAGCAACAGCAUUCAAGUGAGUUUAGGACUGAAGCUACAAGAGAUAGUGCUGUUGUUAUUAUGAAUAGCAUCAAUUUGGUUGAUGCCUUUCUUGAUGCUAACAAAUGGAUGGACUUGUUUCCUUCAAUUGUUGCAAGAGCAAAAACUGUUCAAAUCGUAACGUCCGGGGUUUCUGGAGCAAGUGGUUCCCUUCAUUUGAUGUAUGCAGAAUUGCAAGUACUUUCUCCAUUGGUACCGACUAGGGAGGCGUGUUUUCUUCGCUAUUGCCAGCAAAACAUAGAGGAGGGAGUUUGGGCAAUUGUUGAUUUUCCUAUUGAUAGUCUUCAUGGAAGCAUUCAGUCUCCUUUUCCUCUAUAUAGAAGAAGGCCUUCAGGCUGCAUCAUACAAGACAUGCCAAAUGGGUAUUCAAGGGUUACAUGGGUGGAGCAUGCUGAGAUAGAAGAAAAACCAGUGCAUCAAAUAUUUAGUCAAUUUGUUCACAGUGGAACAGCAUUUGGUGCACAGCGCUGGCUAGCAGUCUUACAGCGACAAUGCGAAAGGGUUGCUAGUCUAAUGGCCAGGAACAUCUCUGACCUUGGAGUGAUACCUUCUCCGGAGGCACGAAAGAACUUGAUGAGGCUUGCGCAGAGAAUGAUUAGAACAUUCAGUAUGAACAUAAGUACUUCUAGUGGUCAAUCAUGGACAACACUAUCUGAUUCAUCAGAUGACACUGUUAGAAUUACUACAAGGAAGAUCACUGAGCCUGGACAGCCCAAUGGAGUCAUUCUUUGUGCAGUUUCCACUACUUGGCUUCCCUGCCCUCACUAUCAAGUCUUUGAUCUCUUGAGGGAUGAACACCGUCGAUCUCAGCUUGAUCUUCAUCCUAAUGGGAAUGCGUUACAUGAAGUCGCUCACAUUGCCAAUGGCUCUCACCCGGGAAAUUGUAUCUCUCUCCUUCGGAUCAAUGUUUCGAGCAACUCAUCGCAUCAUGUGGAGCUGAUGCUGCAAGAGAGUUGCACCGAUCAAUCCGGUAGCCUUGUUGUGUACACAAACAUUGAUGUGGACUCAAUCCAGCUCGCGAUGAGCGGUGAGGAUCCGUCCUUCAUUCCUCUCCUCCCACUAGGGUUUGUCAUAGUUCCAGUGGAAUCAACCACUAAUAACGACACCACAAGUGAUGGCAACAACAACAACAAAUCAUCAGAAGAUAUAAAUACUGGACACAACUCAUCAGGGUGUCUAUUAACAGUUGGAAUGCAAGUCUUGGCCAGUACAAUCCCAACUGCGAAGCUGAAUCUGUCGAGUGUUACUGCCAUUAACAACCAUCUUUGCAACACAGUGCACCAAAUCAAUGCUGCUCUUGGUACUACUUCAACCGCGUCAGGUGGAGUACUGGUGGAUUCGGGCAAUGAGGCUGCAACAACAAAUAAUAAGCAAUAGUAUGGCCAAAUUACCUAAAAGCUCCCUAUUUCUUUCCCUGCCAAGAGGCGUAUUUAAUUCUGGGUAAAUUAAAGUCAAAUUUGGCGUGGGAAGAGUGGGGAUUUUAUGGGUAAUUUGGUGGUAGUAGUAGUAGUAAUAGUACUUUUGUAGGUAAUGAAAUUAAUGAACGGUAGGUGUGUGUGUGUAAAAUGAAUGGAUAUGGAAGGGCAAAAAUGGGACCAGAAAGUAUUUAAUUCAAUAGAAGGAGUCAAGAGCGCACCAGAUGUCACCCAUUGCUUUUAAAGAGACUGGACGGCCUAACCACUAACCAGUUAGGCAUGCAAGGCAAGGGUGUUGGUUCGGGUAUUGACUUCUCCUUAUUUAUUGUCGGCCUCUAUUAUUCUCUGUUUUUUUUUUUUUGGGAUUAAAUGCCAUGCAGGAUGUGUUUUGUUAAUGUAACACGAUUUAUUUUGUGUCUAUCUUCCAUAUUAUCAU